GAGGUUGAACUGAAAAAAGAGCUUAUUCCAAAACAUGUUGCAAUAAUGUUAGAUGGUACUAGGAGGUGGCAUAAGGCUCAAGGAAAACCUCUAAAUUAUGAUCCCUUCUUUGAAGCUAACACUCUCUUUACUGAUCUUUGUCUUAAAUGGGGAAUUGCUACUGCUACCACUUUUAUUUCCUCUAUCAAAAACCUACAAAGAGGCCAAGAAACUAAUGAUCUAAUGUUCGGGCAACUUGAAAACUAUUUAGAGAAUAAUCUGCAGAAUUUUGUAAGGAAAGAGAUAAAAGUCUCCAUGAUUGGAGAAAGACUGCUACUCCCCAAAUCUUUACAAGACAUUAUAAAACAAGUGGAAGAUGUAACAAGAACAAAGCACACAAAGAAGUUGGACUUGACGUUAGCAGUAUGUUACUCAGGGACUAGAGAUAUAGUGCAAGCCACUAGGAACAUUUGUGAAAAGGUCAAGGCUGGGGUGAUUGAACCCAAAGCCGUCGAUGAGGCCUUGUUUGAUCAAGAGCUAUGGACUCGUGGCGCGCUUCACCCUGAUCUGCUCAUCCGAACCAGUGGUCGCCUCCGUGUUAGUGAUUAUAUGAUGUGGCGGCUAGCCCAAACCAAAGGCGUUUACGUGUUUUUUUUUUCCAAAAUUUGA